AUGAGAAUGGCCAUUUAUGGCUGUGUUUCCUCCAUACUGGCUAUUGGAGUGAUACUUUCAGCAAUGCAUCAACGUUCAAACUUUUAUGCUGCCUGUAUAUAUCUUUCAAAAUCAAGUGCAUGCAUGAUGAUACUAUUAAAUAUGGGACUUAUAUUAUGUAUUUUGUUCGGCAAAACUUUACAAGCCAUCUUCUUUGGCAGAUUAAGAGCAAUUGAAGUUGAACAUUUAUAUGAAAGGUCUUGGUAUGCGGUAACCGAAACAUGUUUAGCAAUGACUAUAUUUCGAGAAGAAUUCGAUUUACAAUUCAUUGUUGUUUUCACUACUUUAUUAUUCUUGAAGAUAUUUCAUUGGCUAUGCCAAGAUCGUGUUGAAUUUAUGGAGCAAACACCUACAAAUGGAAUCAGUUUUCAUGUUAGAAUUGUAAACCUAUUAAAUAUUUUAUUGCUCGUAGAUUUACUUUUAGCCAAUCAUGCUAUCAAUGUUACACUUGUAAAAGGACCUAAUAUGAUGAUUAUGUUUGGUUUUGAGUAUACCAUUUUAUUAUGUACUAUAGUAUCAACUAUUGGCAAGUAUAUAAUUAAUGUAAUUGACAUGCGAAGUGAACAAACUUGGGAAGGAAAAUCAAUGUGGGUCUUUUAUGUAGACCUGAUUACAGAAUUUCUCAAGUUAGUCACUUAUCUUAUUUUCUUCUUGUAUAUUUGCUUAAACUAUCAGUUACCUUUACAUAUUAUAAGAGACGUCUAUAUUACAUUUAGAUCAUUCAUUCAGAAAUGUAGAGAUUUAUAUCGUUAUAGACGCGCAACUCGAAAUAUGAAUGAACUUUAUCCUAAUGCGACUGCAGAAGACUUUACUCGUUCAAGUGAUAGUACUUGUAUUAUUUGUAGAGAAGAGAUGCAAGUGACUGACUCCUAUUCAAAUGGAAAUAAUAACACCAAUCAUGCAGAUAUAGCUACUAAUAGAAAUGAUAAUGAGCAUAAUCUUGAUCAGCCUAAAAAGCUUCCUUGUGGGCAUAUUUUCCAUUUCCAUUGUUUACGUAGCUGGCUUGAAAGACAACAGACUUGCCCUACAUGGUAA